AUGUCAAUUAUUAAAAAAGUAGAACCAGUAUCGGACAAGAUUGAAAUAACUUGGGCUGAGGAGGACGAUGUACCAUUAUCUACUUACCACAACAUCUGGCUUCGGGAUAAUUGUCAUUGUUCACAAUGUUACUAUCCAUUAACCAAACAACGGUUACUCAAUUCUGCCACCAUUGAUUUAGGAAUCAAGGCUAAGCUGAUCAACCACGACGGCAAUACAGUUACAAUUAUCUGGGAUAAUGGCACUGGUAAUGGCAAUGGUGCUGAUGCUGAUGCUGAUGCUGAGCAUGAAUCUCAAUUUGACGCUCAUUGGCUUAAAAUCCAUUCGUAUAACCCGAGGUUGAUCCCGCUUGAUGAAAAGUUGCACGGUGCCAAGACUAAAUUGGCCCAGCAUCUAUGGCAAGUCAAGGAUAUAGAACUGAAUUUGCCUCGUGUUGAUUACACUACAGUUAUGAACUCAUCUGAUGAAACUGACCAAGAACAAGCGAUUAAAGAUUGGAGCUUGAAACUCUGGCAAUAUGGCUUUUGCUUAAUUGAUAAUGUCCCAGUUACACCUGAAGAUACUGAACAACUUUGCCAACAAUUGAAUUAUAUUCGUCCUACGCAUUAUGGGGGGUUUUGGGAUUUUACAUCUGAUUUAGCCAAGGCCGAUACGGCAUACACCAAUUUCGAUAUUAGUAAUCAUACUGAUGGCACAUACUGGCUGAAUUCACCGGGGUUACAAUUGUUUCAUCUCUUGUAUCAUGACGGUACUGGCGGCACGACAUCGUUGGUUGAUGCGUUUAAAUGUGCAGAAAUUAUGCGUGACAAAUUCCCCCAAAGUUUUGAAGUGUUUACCAGGAUCCGCGUGCCAGCUCAUUCUGCCGGUGAAGAAAAAGUCUGUAUCCAACCCGAUACACCACAACCGAUUUUCAAAUUGGAUAACAAUGAUGACAAGCUGAGUAAAAUUAUUCAAGUUCGUUGGAAUCAAAGUGAUCGUUCAACCAUGGAUUCAUGGGAUGAUCCCGACGAUGUAGUGAAGUUUUACCAAGCUAUUAAAGACUGGGUUCUGAUUAUAACUGAUCCCGAGAAUGAAUUGUGGUAUCAAAUGAGACCAGGCCAAUGUUUAAUCUUUGAUAAUUGGCGUGUGUUGCAUUCACGUAGUGAAUUUACAGGUAAGCGAAGAUUAUGUGGGGCAUAUUUAGAAAGAGAUGACUUUGUAUCGAGAUUGAAAUUGUUGACGUUGGGCAGAGACGCGGUAUUGGAUGCAAUUUGA